AUGCGUGCAGACCACUCCGACGGCCUCGUCCGCCUCUUUAGGCCUGCCUCACCCGUGUGUUUCUCUCGAAAGGUUGAGUUCUCGUCUGAGGAACGGGCCAAAAUUCAGGCGGCGUUGCGUCUGCCCCUGCACCCAGACCGCAUCUUGUUUCGACAAGGGCCCGGCAACAGCAAGAUUGCCUACGUGGACCAACAUCAAGUUAUUCAAACAGCCAACGCCCUCUUUGGCUUUGAUGGCUGGGCCAUGGAGGUGCGCGCCCUCACCAAAGACUUUUUGUCGAUGCGCUCGAGCGGACGCAUCGACGCCGGUUAUUCCGCCAUCAUCCGAGUUACCCUCAAGAACGGCUGCUUUCGGGAGGACAUUGGCUAUGGAGAAGCCGUCAAUGCCCCUCGCGACUCGGGCCUGGAAAAGGCUAAGAAGCAGGCCUGCACUGAUGGUCUCAAGCGAGCGCUCAAAACAUUUGGCUCGUGCACCGGCCAGUGUCUCAACGACAAGGAUUAUUGCCGAUAUCUCGCAAAGCGUAAUGCCAAGCGUCUGCCGGCCAACUAUGACCAGUUCUUCGACCCCAAUGAUCCCAAUGCACUUCGCCAGCUGGCCCCUGACACCCCAGCCCGUUCAAGCGUGAAUGAGGCCAGUUUUUGCGAUAGCGAGCGCGGCUCUGCAAAGCGCCCCAAGCCCAUGGUGGUUAGCUCACCAACCAUCCAGACCAAGACCCCUUCUCCACGAACAACACCCAAGACGAACCCUGGCAAAUCACCCAGCAAGUCGGCACACACGUCACCAGAUCCCCAGGAUGAAUCGACCAAAGGCAACGUCAUUGGCGAAGACGUGGCUGGUGAUGAGGACUGGGACGACGUCCUCAGCAACAUGGACAUCUAA